GUUUGUCUCGCACACUCGUGUGGCUUCGGCAUCACAGUCUCGCCAUCUUGCUCCACGCACUGCAGCGAGUGGUGCAAAUGACGACAGGGCCAAGCUUGCGGCCCCCGGUUCAGUCUCAGAGCAGAAACGCGAAGUUGGCAGGUCAAGGGCAUGGGAACAAGCCACGCCGUCUUGGGCAUCCCGAAACUCGGAGCGCUCAAAUAGUAACAACCCUUUCCAAAAUAGCACCGCAAAGCCUGUGCGGAGCGGAGCGGCCACCGGGGCGAGCAAAGAUCGCGCUCCUUCCACGCGAACGCACUUCGUACCUCCCACGAUUCGGCGUUCGCCGAGUCCAGUGAGCGUUUUGUCGCCGGAAAUGAUGCACAGGUUCACUGAGAUGCGAAAGAAUGCGACUGCGGCGGCUUCACCGCUUCUCAAGCGCGCAGGAGCGGGAUCUCGGAUUCCGUCCCCUUUGCUCGUGCGCGGCUCCGAUGGAGACACGCUUGUGCCGAUGACGGGAGGAUCGCGAAAGCAAUCGCCAUUGCUCGUGGGGGGUUCUCGACGCCAUUCGCCUGUACUGCAUCGUAGCAAGAGUCCAGUGGGCCUGAGCCCGAACGCGAUCAACAAAACCUUUGCGUUACGACUUGGGGCGACCAUGACGCGUUCUAUUGCUCCCAGUUCUGUAACAACCCCUUCUUCGGAACAAGACGCGUCUGCUUCUGCUGGAGGAAAACGGUUUGCACUGAAGCCUAGCGUAGUGUCAUCGGCAGAUGUUUCUUCUUUUAGUGCAGAAACAGCCACGGGUUCGGCAGUUGUAGUCAGGGGCGACGCGACUACCACGACCUCGGCUGAACACCAGGCUUCCAUUGUAGCGCAGAAGAAAUCACAAGAAAAUAGUGCAGAAGAAAGCAGCUCCUCGGGUUCGAGUGAUUUUAGUAGUGCGGCGCAGCCAGGACAAAGCUCCUCUCGACGAAUCGGGAAUUUCCUCGCAACGGCGGCGCGCACUGCGCAUGCUUCCCGGAGCUCAAUCGUUUUUCCUCGAAUGGCGCCAUUUACGCCCCUAAUUGGGGCGCGGGGCAUCCUCGAUCGAACACCGAAGCCGCAACUGCGUGGUCGGCCAGGAGCUAGCGUUUUGGAAGCUGCGGCCUCUGAUGCUGGCGCGAAAGAAGGCGAGAACAAAAUAGCUCCUGGGUCGUGCAAUACAGCGCUCAGAGGACUGCAGGAACAGGCCAAGGGAACUACUUGUACUUCAGCUGUGGCUCCAACAGUCAUUUCUUUCAAGUUUCAAGCACCCCUUGCACAGAAUGCAGCACCAGUAGUCACAAGCGGCGCAACAGCUUCUGUACCUGUUUCAUUACAGACACUCUCCGCCUCCUCGUCGAAGCAACCUGCUUCAGGUUCAGGGAUUGCGGAAGUGGGUGCAGGUGGUGUGAAAGGCGCUGGUCGAGUUUCUCUGGAGGACAUUAAAGAAGAGACCACAGAGGAGGCAAACAUCAUUGUCACGGAUGUCACGGCUAAGGCUGAGCAUCAGCAUCCUGAUAACGUGACUGUCGUGCCGGUUGAACAAGUGCUACUAGAUGUAGAGCCUCCUCGUCCCCAGCAGGCACAGACAGGCGUCGCCGGCGUAGGCUGUGCUUCAUCGGCGCAUCAAGAAGAAUCAUCUUGUGCCGAGUCCUCCUCUACUUCGGGCGACAUGAAGGCGGCUACGUCGGUAUCAAAUGCGAGCUGCUCGUCGGCUGCGAUGAACGUUC